UGUCAGUCCACUAACGUGCUUGGCGCCAUCCACAACUCCAUCACGCUCGAGCUUAUGCUCCAGAUCAUCUUCCCCAAUGUUCCGGCCACGGUUCCCCAUUGCCAACACGAGAUCCCAACCACUUCUUCUGUAAAAACUGUAGUUAUCUGUCGGAUUAGCUCCUUCACCGGUUUCUGAAGAUGGGAAGUUCAGAGUUUGAGCAAGCGAAGGCACACUUGCACGUCGACUGUGCUCAGCCACCAGCAAUAACUUGGCAGAGGGAAUUCGAUGAUGAAGGCAAGAAGGUUGCUAUGCUUAGCAUGACCACUGAUAUCUUCACAGUUAUACCAUUGAUUUUUAAAAUGCUUCGAUUACACGUCGAAGGAAUCGCGAAAAACCAAGUUGCCGUCUAUGAUCCGCUCAGGAAAUGGAUGAACAACUGCUACCGCGGGGUACCCCUUGGCGGACUAGGUUCAAGAAGCAUAGGGAGAAGCUACCGAGGGAACUUUCAGCAGUUUCAAAUAUUCCCCAGGUUCUAUGAAGAGAAGCAUGUCCUUGCCAACCAGUUCUCAGCAUUCGUUUCGCAUCCUGGCGGGAAGAGCUACUCGACGGUCUUGAAACUGGUAUGCUGCUAUUUUUGUCAGGCUCGCCUUUUUGAUGCGCAAAAUGAUGAGGGAUAA